CCUGAUGGGGUUUGAUCUGAACCGGCACUGGGCAAAUCCCUCUCCGUGGGCUCAUCCCACCCUGCACGGAGUGAAGGAGCUCAUCAUCGACAUGUACAACAACCCGAAGAUUAACCUGGAGUUCUAYAUUGACAUCCAUGCCCACUCCACCAUGAUGAAUGGCUUCAUGUAUGGGAACAUCUUCGAAGAUGAGGAAAGAUUUCAGCGACAGGCUGUUUUUCCCAAGCUACUCUGUCAGAAUGCUGAAGACUUCUCUUAUUCCAGCACGUCGUUCAACAGGGACGCUGUGAAAGCCGGGACGGGCCGGCGUUUCCUGGGCGGGCUCCUGAACGACACAUCCUACUGCUACACCCUGGAGGUCUCAUUCUACAGCUACAUCCUGGGUGGGAGCGCUGCUGCCGUGCCCUACACCGAGGAAGCCUAUAUGAAGCUUGGAAGAAACGUGGCCAGGACAUUCUUGGAUUACUACAGGCUGAACUCCUUGGUGGAGGGACCACUGGCACCUACUCCUAAAACUCGGAAGGACAAAAUUYCACACUAUAAAAGCACUGCCCAGCGGGGCCCAGGGAACAGCCAGGCUGGUGGAAAACCCGAGAAGAGGAGCCAGGAGCACCUGAAGGAGCCGCCUCUGUCCCUGCGAUGAGAGGAGACGAGAGGAGAGCUGUAGGGCAAGGCGGAGGAGCACGUCGCAGUCAGCAAUCGAUGAUGUUUCUCUUUUUUUUUCCCAGACAAGUAUUUCUAAGAUAACAAAUAGUCCAAGGAGCAAGGAGGGAGAGGGAAAUUAGCUAGAAAUUUUACUAUUGAUUCUUUUUUAUUUAUAGAUGGUGAAUCAA